AUGAACCGGCAGCUAGUGAAAAUUUUGACAACCUUAUUUGCAUUUUUCUUAGAGACAAACCAUUUCAGGACGACUUUCUGUAAAGAACAUGAUUCAAGAUCUGGAAAAUCCCCCUCACAGACCCUGUCUCCUUCAGAUUUUUUGGACAAACUGAUGGGGAGGACAUCAGGGUAUGAUGCUAGAAUCAGACCAAAUUUUAAAGGUCCUCCUGUAAAUGUUACCUGCAACAUAUUUAUCAACAGCUUUGGUUCAAUAGCAGAAACUACAAUGGACUACAGAGUGAACAUUUUUUUGAGACAGCAGUGGAACGAUUCACGCCUGGCUUACAGCGAAUAUCCUGAUGAUUCCCUGGAUUUGGAUCCCUCCAUGCUGGACUCUAUUUGGAAACCAGAUUUGUUUUUUGCCAAUGAAAAGGGAGCAAACUUCCAUGAUGUCACAACAGACAAUAAGCUGCUAAGGAUUUCUAAGACUGGGAAAGUGUUGUACAGUAUCAGGCUUACUUUAACCUUAUCAUGUCCCAUGGACUUGAAGAAUUUUCCUAUGGAUGUACAGACAUGCACAAUGCAGCUAGAGAGCUUUGGCUACACCAUGAAUGAUCUGAUUUUCGAGUGGCUGAGUGAUGGACCUGUGCAAGUUGCAGAAGGUUUAACCUUGCCACAGUUUAUUUUGAAAGAAGAUAAAGAACUUGGUUAUUGCACAAAACAUUACAACACUGGAAAGUUUACAUGCAUUGAAGUCAAGUUUCAUUUGGAGCGUCAGAUGGGAUACUAUUUAAUCCAGAUGUACAUUCCUAGCCUGCUGAUUGUCAUUUUGUCCUGGGUUUCUUUCUGGAUCAACAUGGAUGCUGCUCCAGCAAGAGUCGCAUUGGGUAUCACUACAGUUUUGACAAUGACCACUCAAAGUUCAGGAUCGAGAGCUUCCCUUCCAAAAGUCUCCUAUGUAAAAGCUAUUGACAUCUGGAUGGCCGUGUGCCUUCUCUUUGUCUUUGCUGCAUUACUGGAAUAUGCAGCAGUCAACUUUGUUUCACGGCAGCACAAGGAGUUUCUGAGGCUUCGAAGAAGACAAAGAAGACAAAACAAGGAAGAUGAGGUUGCUCGUGACAGUCGAUUCAAUUUCAGUGGCUAUGGCAUGGGUCACUGUCUCCAAGUCAAAGACGGCGCAGCAGUCAAGGCUACUCCACCAAACCCACCUCCAGCACCACCAAAGGAUUCAGAUUCCAUCAAAAAGAAGUUUGUUGACCGUGCAAAAAGGAUUGAUACAAUAUCCCGUGCUGCAUUCCCACUCGCCUUCCUCAUUUUCAACAUCUUUUACUGGAUUACAUACAAAAUUAUACGUCAUGAGGACAUUCACAAGAAGUAG